AUGAUGAUAGAACAAAUUGUGUUCACGAAUAACCGAACACCAAACAAAAUCAAUUCGAGCCACUUGACAUUUUCCCUCCACCUUGCGGAAGUAGCAGCAGCUUUGGCCGCGUCCUCCGCCACCCAGCGGUCAUCUCGCUCCAGGGUCGCUGCCUGCCUGAAGGAGAGAGGCAUCCCCAGCGUCGUCCUCGAGCGCGCCGGCUGCAUCGCCUCGCUGUGGCAGCUCAAGACCUACGACCGCCUGCGCCUCCACCUGCCGAAGCAGUUCUGCGAGCUGCCGCAGAUGCCCUUCCCGGCCGGCUUCCCCAAGUACCCCGACAGGAGGCAGUUCGUCAGCUACCUCGAGGCCUACGCCGGCGCCUUCGACGUGCGCCCGCGCUUCCACCAGACGGUCGUCGAGGCCCGGUACGACACCGCGGUGGGGCUGUGGCGGGUGCGCACGUCGGAGGGGGGCAGAGAGUACUUCUCGCGGUGGCUGGUGGUGGCCACCGGGGAGAACGCCGAGGCCGUGGUGCCCGACUUAGAGGGCGCCGCGGGCUUCCGCGGUACAGUGGCUCACACCAGCUCGUACAAGAGCGGCGACUCGUACAGGGGACAACGAGUGCUCGUCGUCGGCUGCGGAAACUCCGGCAUGGAAGUCUGUUUGGAUCUCUGCGACAACAAUGCGCUUCCCACCAUCGUCGUCCGAGACUCGGACAAGGUUAGGAAGAAAAUUCAUGAAGUAAGCUUACACACUGAAAACAUGGAAGAUUCUAUUUGUUCAGUGAGGUCAAUGGCAGAGUGUGGCACUCCAAUUGCUGAUGGGAUGAUUGAGGACAUUAAUAGAUCACUACAAUUGAUGUCGGCAUCCAAACUUAACAGAGGUUUACUAGCACUUAGUUCCAAUGCAGUGCAUAAACUCUGGCAGUGGUCGUGAGAUGAACGAAAUCCAUCGGGCAAGUCAACUGCAUCUAUUGCUCCUCAGCUCCGUCAGCCACCAAAUGGUAUUCUUAUGACCAAUGAAAGGAGUGAUAACAAUCCAGAAGAAGCAACUGCUUGUAUUGCUUUAUCUAAGAAUGACUCUUAUGCAACGUCUGCAUCAGGCGCCAAGCACAUUGUCCAAGUGGGGUUGGGAGAUGAUGAUCAAGGUAUUGAGGAUGACUUCUCUGCAUGGAGGGAGCUUCUUUGGCCGGAGUUGGAUAAGUUACUUCAAGAUGAAAAUGAGACAGGUGCAUCUACUCCUUAUAUAGCUGCCAUUCCUGAAUACCGGGUUGUAUUUGUCAAGCUUGAAGAAGUUCCAUAUCUGGACAAAAGUUUGAAUUUUGCAAAUGGCCAUGCUAUUCAUGCCAUACAACAUCCAUGCAGAAUAUGGAUACAUCAAGAAACCAACAGAACAAAUGGAUGUGUACAGCUUCGGAGUCGUCUUGCUGGAGCUCAUCACCGGAAGGCCAGCAGAGCAACCGGAGUCCCGGGAGUCCGUCGACGUCGUCAAGCUAGUGAGAAGAAAGGUAAACAUGACGAACGGAGCUCUUCAAGUUCUAGAUCCCAAGAUCCCGAGCUCAGAGCAGCAUGACAUGCCGGAGGUGUUGGGUCUUGCUCUUCUACCACUGAGGACUUCAGAGCCGACCACUGAACUAUGCUAUGGGACCUAGGGAAAGGAUUGACUGUUGGAUCUGGACAGGAAGUGAGGCCUACUGCUCCGUGUGGUACCCAUUAAUGGUUAGGGAUAGUAUAUCUAUUAGCUAGUUUUGAUGUAAAAAGAAUGUUUAGGUAUUUUAUGGAUAUUGUUCUAAGAAGAUUAUUUAUAUAAUUUGUUAAUAUUUGUGUAUUUUAUGGAUAUUAUUGAAUGAAGAAUAUUUGUAUAA